UAAUCGUAUCCGGCUUACACAAAUGAUCCAGUGCGCUCAACUGUCGACGUACUGUUUUAUGACGAUGACAGUGGAAAACGUUUCUAGUCGUUGUCCGCACGUCAUCGAUCGCGGACCACAAUCACCCGCAGUCAUCAUCACUGAUGAUCGGACUAAACAGUAAUAACAUAAUGUCGGACAGUUUGAACUUUGAAGCUUUGUCCAGCGGCCGUUAUCUGGUUUUUGAAGUCUUGACGAGGGCGCAUCAUCGUCGUAAGGAUUGGAUGAAGAAAUUUUGCAACGACCAAAAAUGGAGGAUCGAUAAAAAUCCGUUAGUCUGGAAAACUAUAUUGAACUCGGACGGUUCCUGUCAAUUGAUCGGUGGCAUAAACGAAUUUUUUGAACAUCUCAUAGAAUAUUACAACGUCGACACGCGUUUGGACAAACGAAUAAAAAAACGAAUAGCGCUGGAUAACGUAGAGAGACUGCCGUUUAUGUUGACUGAGCAAGUACCCGUGUCCCGAGCCCCGGCGACAAUGGUGUGCAUAACCGGUGCAGCUUAUCCGUCUACCUGUUACCUGGUUUCUGAGCUGUUGCAGUUGAAAGAACUCCAAGCUAAAGGCGGCGGUGGUGUUACGGUGUGCUUACACCAUAAAGACUCGAACAAAUACGGAGAUCUGAUAAGAAUUAAACACGAAAUUUGCGACGCCGAAUUUAAUAUUCGUGGUUGCGGGGCGAUAACGGUGGUCAACAGCGAGGAAGAAGGGUUGCUGAACUGUGAUUUGUUCAUCGUGCUUGGCAGCAUGAGAAGGGAAGAAAAUGAAAAAGAAAAUCUAUGGAUGGAUCGAAAUUACACCGCAAUGAAGAGAUUGGCUUCAAUUCUCAACCGCCACUGUCCCGAGCACUGCAAGGUGCUGCUGAUGGGCAUGGAUCUAUUGUGUUUCAACCUGAGCGUUUUGGCUGAAAAAGCCGACAAAGUUUAUUUGUACAACAUCAUCGGUGUAACCGGUCAUCGCGGUAUGGUGACGUUACCAACCAUUUCUCGGGCGACGGGCAUCCUGAUCCCGGACCUCCACUGUCCACCGGUUUGGGGCUUUGACGGCCCGGCGAAAUAUGUCGACUUCAAACACGUGAUCUAUCAUUGUGGUGGAUCGGCCACGGACUACCCUGGUUGCGAGGACGCGGCCACUACGGUGGACGAUUAUUCAGCAGAUCGAAACAAGCACAAAUACUUGCAGAGCGUACUAUAUCAAUCGGAGAGUCUGGUGGGCGGCGAGGGCGAACACGUUGCAGUGAGCAAUACCAUCGAAUCAUAUACCAACGAGGUGUGUCACCUGUGUAGUUUGCCCGAAAUACGCGUGGCCGUGCGAAUGAUAUCGGAAUGGUUCAAAAACGAUGGUCGUAUAACCGUCAGCGCUGCAGUUUUUUCCGACGGAACAUUUGGCCUACCGUUUGGUAUGUUUUUAUCUCAACCAGUUCACAUGGAAAACGGUGAAUGGAAACCAAAUUUUGACUUUCCACCUCCAGAUGAAACAGUCAUAAUUGACAUGCUGUCCAAAGUAUCAGAAAUUGCAUUCGAAUAUAACCUUGGGCAUAGAUUUAAUAUGAACCCGAAAGAAAUGUCAUCAGAAGUUAGUGAAUAACUUUUUAAAGAAAUUAUAAUUUAUUUUUUACUAAAAUUGUAACUUGUAAAUUCUUUUGUGAAUAUUGAUGACACGUUAUCUGAUAAAAUAUGACUAACCUACUAAGGCCAAAUACAAUUAUUUAAUAUAUUAUUAAAAUAAGUGAUAAUCACUUAAUUAUUUUGUAUAGAUACGUCCUAACCUACCUAAUGAAUAUGGUUGCAUAUAAUAAUAUG